AUGCCUGGGCGCGCUCCCCUCCGCGUGGCCCGAGGGUCCCUGGGCGCUUGGCUGCUGGGCAGCCUGUGGGUCUGCGCACUGGGCUGCCUCGGCGGCGUGGGGACGGCGGCGCCGGGGGCCGGGGGCUCCCUGGGGCCUCAGCGCCCUUGCCAGGUGCCGCAGCAGUGGGAGGGACGCCAGGUGCUGUACCGGCAGAGCACCGGGCGCUACAGUCGCGCCCUGCUCUCUUACGACGGGCUCAACCAGCGCGUGCGGGUGCUGGACGAGAGGAAGGCGCUGAUCCCUUGCAAGAGAUUAUUUGAAUAUAUUUUGCUCUAUAAGGAUGGAGUGAUGUUUCAGAUCGAACAAGCCACCAAACAGUGCUCCAAGAUCACCCUGACAGAGCCCUGGGACCCUCUGGACAUUCCUCAGAACUCCACCUUUGAGGACCAAUACUCCAUAGGGGGGCCCCAGGAGCAGAUCACCGUCCAGGAGUGGUCAGACAGAAAGUCAGCCAGAUCAUAUGAAACUUGGAUUGGCAUUUAUACCGUCAAGGAUUGUUAUCCUGUCCAAGAAACCUUCACCAAAAAUUACAGUGUGAUAUUGUCCACACGGUUUUUUGACAUACAGCUGGGCAUUAAAGACCCAUCAGUGUUCACCCCACCAAGCACGUGCCAGACAGCCCAACCAAAGAGGAUGAGUGAGGACUGCUCCUGGUAA